AUGGCCCUGCACGAUUCAUCGCCGCGAGAGAUCGCAACAAAGGGCUUGGCGUUUCCGCAAGGGACGUUACCUCUUAUCGCAAUUCCCACCACCGCAGGCACGGGAAGUGAAGCGACUCAUUUUGCCGUGGUGUACGUCGACGGCGAAAAGUAUUCUGUCGCCGAUCCAUGCUUGCUUCCCGAAACGGCAAUUGUUGAUCCAAAGCUGACCUACAGCGUGCCAACACGCAUGACAGCCGCGACUGGGUUAGAUGCUUUUUGCCAGGCCAUCGAAUCGAUUUGGGCCGUAGGGGCAACCGAAGAGUCUGUCGGUUACGCCAAAGAAGCAGCUGCGUUGGCAUUUGCUCAUUUGCCCACCGCGACAAACAGCCCCACCGAAGAAGCACGCUAUGCAAUGUGCCGAGCGUCACAUCUCGCCGGCAAAGCGAUCAAUAUCAGCAAAACGACGUUACCUCACGCGAUUUCUUACGCGAUUACCGCUGACUAUGGAAUUCCACACGGAGCCGCUGUCGCGACGACGUUAAGCAGCGUGCUUGCAUACAACUUUGGCGUGACUUCCAGCGAUUGCGCCGAUACGCGAGGCGCACCACACGUUCACCAGCGGCUUUCCAUGAUCUUGGAAAUCCUCGGAGCCGCGACCAUCGCCGAGGCGUGCCAGCGAGUUGAAUCGUUUGUAAGUUCCCUGGGAUGCAAUCCGACGCUCGUAUCGGCAGGGAUUCAUCAGCACGAAAAGAUUCGCACGCUUGCAGAGCGGGUCAAUCCUGAACGCCUCUCGAACAAUCCUCGGAAAGCGAAUCACGAAGAUCUCUUCAGUUUGCUUAGCGGAAAGAACCGCGAGUGGCAGUUGGCCAAAGGUACCGCCUGGACAGAAGCAGACGUUACACAGCUUUACGACGAAUUCGUUCCGUUCCAGCUGGAUGCAAUUCGUCAGAACAGCCAACUGGUGCCUGGUCUCGCUUCAACAGUCGACGCUUUAAAAGCCCAAGACAUCAAAAUUGGUGCGACGACCGGAUACUUCCGCGCCGCAGCUGAUCUGGUAACCGAGGUCGGCCUGCCCCUUGGAUGA